UAAUAAGAGAAUAGCUAUAAUUAUGGAAUACGAUAUUUUUUUACAAUAUGGUUCAUUGCUUUUCUUUACUAUUGUCAGUUGACUUACCCUGUUAGCAUUCACAGAGUAACACAACAAGCAGCUCAAGCUGUGUAUACACAGUGAUAGGUGCUGGGAGUAAAUUGUGGUUGCUGGCAAAAACAAUGACAAGCUAGCUAGAUAAACCAACAGUUGAUAUAGAGCAACAAUUCAGUGUAUAACUUUCAGUCUAACACCCUCCAUUUCCUCUCUGUGAACUGUGCUCAAAAGCCAAGUCCAGAAUAUUCCAGUUCAUUCUCAUCUCUUCUCUUGAAUACAAACAUGACUGCCUUUGUCAAAGUUGCACUAGCUGCCCUGUUAGUUGUUCAUUUGGUGUCAGCUAGCAAGAAUCAUCUUCACAAACGUGCUCGUCGUCAAGGUGACCAGCGUCCUGCAUACACCCAGCAAGGUUUUUGCUCGACUGGGUGCCAGAAUAGAGGCUACAGUGGCUGCUGUGAUAUCACUGAGAGCUCCUGCUUUAACACUAUCUGCACCUGUUAUUGCGACAUCUCCUGUCAUAAUUAUGGUGACUGCUGUGCUGACAUUGACACAAUUGGAUGCUCCAUAACAGGCCAAGGUAGGCCAGCACAAAUCACAUCAAACUUUGAAGGCAGCUGUCCCGAAAUCCCACUAAUGAAUGGAAUGAUAACCCCUAACUCGAGACAAGUAGGCACCAUUGCUAUCCUUAGUUGCAAUGACAACUACAGCCUGGUACCGGCAAACGCCACUGUUAGGGUGUGUCAGAAUGACUUAACGUGGAGUGGCCCAGAAGGUGCUUGUAGAGAACUUUGUGAGGAAAUCAGUAUUGAGAAUGGAAUUAUAACGUACGAGCAGGACUUCACGACAUCCAGGAAACCAGCUCGAACAGUAGCCGUAUACAGCUGUAACCAAGGAUACCAACUUAAUGGUCUGGAAAAGAGAGUGUGCCAAGGGUCUAGUGGAUGGAGUGGAACGAUAUCACCGCAGUGUAACGUUUUUUCUUGCAUGAUUGCAUUCCCUGGCACUGGAUGCGCACCUAGCAUCGGUUCUCCAUUGCUUGGGGAAUCCCCCAAUCCACGCUGCUCAUGUCAUCCGAGCUGCAUCACUACUAAUGAUGACUGCUGUGAGGAUAUUGGAUGUGUCCCUCCCACCUGUCAGCUAGCUGGUUUGUCUCAAGGUUGCUGCUCUUGGGUUGACCAAAAUGGAGAGGAACCGGCCGGUUGCUAUGUAUCUGGUAGGAACGGGAACCCACCAUGCUACUGUGAUUCAGGGUGUGCGUUAUUUAAUGACUGCUGUAGCGAUGUGCCGGAACCACCGCCCACUUGCACUCCAUCUGCUGCUCAACAGAGUAGGGUCAGAGGUCAGAGUGUCAGAACAUAUCCAUUUGGUCGAGCACAGCUGGCCAGAGGAGGACGUCGGACCCAAGCCUCAAUGGAGGACCAAGCAGCUAGGAAUAUGGCCAGUGAAUUGAUGUCCAUGUCUCAAGAGCAGAGUGAUAAACGAGAUCGUUGGGUGGCUAUCACCAAGGAGCUUGAAGCCAUACAGAAGAAGAAAUAUUAACUGAAAUAUAAGAGCAUUUUUUGUGCAGGUACAUAUGUAGCUGCUUUACUGACUCAUGUAGCUAUAUUCUUUAUCAUUGCGUGACUUAUUAUCGUUUUGACCUCACCCUUAUAACUUUUGUAAUCCAAAGAUGUGCGUGCAUAAUUAUAUCUUUGUAAAAUGUUUUACGUUAAAUUGUUGAAGCUGACA